UUAACGCCGUGAUCAGUCGCUGUGUUGGCUCCAGUCUCCCAGCACUCCAAUUGUAACUGGAUGAAGGUUUAACUCGAAGGGUAUUGUUUGAGCUGCUGCGGCGGAAUAAGACCACAAGACCACAAGACAUCACCAACUACAACAAACAAACCAACAAAAAACAGGAUGUAAUGUGAACAAACCGCAGAGCAGGAUGUCAAGAAGAACAAAAGAGACUUGUUGUUGUUAUUCGACUCUCAGCGGACUGAACUAACCAGUGGCUAAACCGGCUAACGUUAGCUGAGUUAACGCUAGCUACAUUACGGACAGGCUUUAUGAAGUGGACUCCCCUGCCUGUUUACAGUUUCAAGCAUCCUUGCUUGUUUGUCCGCUGAGCGCAUCUCAUUGACGUUUACUCGCCAUGGCAGCAGUGGUUAGCUACUCUCCACCAUGGUGGGUGAACCUGCUACACAGAUUGCCCCAUUUCAACCUCAAGUUCGAGCAAACUAGCAGUGAUUUCCAACCAGAGGACUGGACAUAUCAACAGUCCAUCCUGUUAUUGGGAGGUGUGGCGCUCGCCUGUCUGGCCCUGGACCUCCUAUUUCUGCUCUUCUACUCCAUCUGGCUGUGCUGCCGGCGAACCAAAAAUGUGGAGCAGCCCAACGCUGACUGCUGCUGCACGGCCUGGUGUGUCAUCAUAGCAACACUUGUCUGCAGCGCUGGCAUUGCUGUCGGUUUCUAUGGGAACGGCGAGACUUGUGAUGGAGUGAAUCGGCUGACGUAUUCCCUGCGCCAUGCAAACCGUACAAUCACGGGAGUGCAGAAGCUGGUAUAUGACAGUACAUCCUCACUGAACCAGACAGUAGACGACAAUCUGCAACAGCUUGAGGGCCAGUAUGCACAGCAUGCGGACUACCUGUCCAUCAUCCAAAAGCUGCAGGGCCAGCUGGACGAGCUGCUCAGGCAGAUGGUGGAGAUUCCCUUCUGGGACAGCACCAACAUCUCCCUGGAGGAGCUGGCCGUCACGAUUGAGCUGUAUGACUGGUACAGGUGGCUGGGCUACAUAAGCCUGCUACUGUUCGAUGUCCUCAUCUGCCUUCUGGUGCUGUUCGGCCUCAUUCGCAAUUCCAAGGGAACACUUAUAGGGGUGUGCUUGUUCGGUGUAGUGGCUCUGGUUAUCAGCUGGGUCUCCCUGGGGCUGGAGUUGGCCAUCUCCACGACCUCCAGUGAUUUCUGUGUUGCUCCUGACACGUAUGUCACAAAAGUGGCAGCCCAGUAUGGAGUCAUCAAUCAAGAAAUCCUGCGGUACUACCUGAGUUGCAGUGUGGAACAAACCAACCCCUUCCAGCAGAAGCUUUCCGGGAGCCACAAAGCAUUAGUGGAGAUGCAGGAUGAUGUGUCCGAACUGCUCCGCUCUGCCACCAGAGAGUAUAAACAAACCAAGGGAAGUUUGGAGGAGAUCCAGGGGAUACUGAACACCACAGAGAUCAGCCUACAUCAGCUCACUGCGCUGGUGGACUGUCGCAGCCUGCACAUGGACUACGUCCAGGCCAUGACAGGUCUGUGUUACGAUGGACUGGAAGGCCUCAUCUACCUUGUGCUCUUCUCCUUCGUCACUGCUCUCAUGUUCAGCUCGAUUGUUUGCAGCGUGCCUCACACCUGGCGGGGCAAGAGUAACGAGGAGGACAGUGAGGACGAGUCUCUGAGCCAUGGAGGAAGGCAAAACCACGAUAACCUGUACCGAGUCCACAUGCCCAGCCUGUACAGCUGUGGCAGCAGCUACGGCAGCGAGACCUCCAUCCCUGCUGCCGCCCACACCGUCAGCAACGCACCUGUCACAGAGUACAUGGCUCAGAACGCCAACUUCCAGAACUCUCGCUGUGAAAACACGCCUCUGAUCGGACGAGAGUCUCCUCCCCCCUCGUUGUAUUUGACUGCCGCGGACAGUAACAGCGGUCACUGCUGGCAGUUAAAGCCUUCGGAGAGUUCAAGAUCGUUUUGGUAACCUCGUCUGCUAUGCUAACAGUACACCUCCAGCAUGCGGGCAAAGUACCUGGCCAACAGCCGACCAGAUCCUAACACCCCUCCGGCGCACUAGACAACACUGGACUCGUCCUGUCUGCAGCACUGACGUCUCUAAAGUCACAUUCAAUCACUCCUCCGGUCAUUCCUCACAAACGUUUUUUCCCACUCAGUCGCUCCGCCUCCUGCUUCCCCCACCACCACCAGUAACUGUCUCACUCGACUUAAAAUGGGAAAACAAACGUGCUUGUGCUGGUUGGUUGAAGCAAAACUUGACGACAUCCAUUAAAUCCCAUCUCUUGACUCUCACACAGAUACUUUUUCUCCAGUUUCAACAAUCUUUGGCUGGUGCUUGGAGUUUACCUGCAACUCUGAUGUGAUGGAGCCUGGACUGUCUCUUACACUCCAAUUUCAAUUUUUUUUUUUUUCUUUACACAUGAACGCACCGUGACGCUGUACGCUGUCACAUCUAACAAGGCAUUGCAGUGUUGAGGACUCUGGAAGUGCUCAUAGAUUAACACUGAUUACUACUGGUUGUUGUUUUUUUUUUUUGUACUGUACUGUACCACAACCUCUCUCAUUGCCUUACACAUAAAUGCAGGAGGAAUCAACUGUUUUCUUUCCCACCUGAGGAGUAGAUAUCAUUUCUCACAUCACACGUUUCAACAUAGAUCAAACCAUCGUGAUAUAAAUUCACUUCACAGUGCAGCAUCUCAGUUGCUCAGGUUUUCUUUCUGCUCAUGGAACUUAAAAAAUGCAAAUCUGAUAUUUGCAUUAUUCUCCUGUUAAUGUUGGCAUAAUGUGCAUCACAUGUGCACAUUUGCUUGUUUGUGCAUUUUGUCUUAAAUUUGACAUCUGGGACCAGUUUUCCUGCGGUAUUGCACGUUGUACCGGUCUGAAAUUGAAAUCUUUCUGUCACCUCGGGACACUUUUAUUUCCUGUGGCAUUUUUUUUUAAUACAUUAUGAGCCACUUUUCCACAGCAGUGACUGUAACUUGUGAAGCUGUGAACUUGAUGCUCUCAGAGGAUUUGAUAAGGACAAAGAUGAUGAAAAAAAAAAAAGAAGAAUUUGACGAAGAAAGAGAAGUUUUUAUACUACUGGAAGCAGAACCUUUUUUUUUUUUUUUUUUUUUUUAAACCGACCUUUGAAGACGACGGUGAAGCGCUGGAAUACAGAGAAGUGUGUGAUGUCUCCUGCAACAUUACUCCAGACUUUUUAAGAUAAUUUGCGGUGCCCUCAAUUCACCAGACUGCUUGUAAUUCUCUUCAUGUUUCAGCUAAGUUGUAAAGCUUCGUCUCCCUUAACAGAACUGGGAAUUGUACACACUCAUAUCCUCGAGUCUGUCCGGCAACGAUCUCCUCGACCAAACGCGGCAGUUUAGAGUCAGAAAUGCCACUCACUGAUUAUCCCAACAGGAAUUUUAAUGCACGUUCAUGUGGAAAAUAUGCAUAUCACGGUUUCUCUGAGAGUUUCCCCAGAGAUACCUGAUGCAUUGGCAAUGCAGUGUCUCACAAAUGUGUUUUAGCAUUUAUAACAACGGUAGAUAAGGGUGAGUGGAUGCUGUGAAGGGAUUGUGAUAACUCUGCUCUCUGUAUAAACUGGAAAUUGUUCCUGUUGAAGCAUGACCAUCCUUCAAAUGUGGAAUGAGAUGUUUGUACUUCUGCUGCUUGCUUCUCUUCGAUGUGCUUUGUGACCAGUACAAGAAGUGAUUUUUGUUUUUCUUGUUUUUUUUUUGAGACUGUGCCAAUAAGUCAAGCACAACUCUUUUACUAUCUGAAUAUCUUUUUAAAUGUCUUUACGUUCAAGCCUGUUUGUUAAGCUGACAGCUCCUGGCUGCCUCUGCAAUCAGCCUGACUUUUCAAAACAUUUAUGCUCUCUUAAGACGUUAUUACACUGAUGCAAUCUUCUUCCUGUUUUUCGUAGUGGUCAUAUUCUCUUUGUUGUUUGUUAUGCUGAGCUAUUGUACAGAUUAUAAACAUUUACAAAAUGAAGAAAAGGAAAAAAAAAAUUCUGAAAUUGACGUUUCAUUUUUAAUUUCUUAAAAAGCUUAUUUCACAUUUUAAAACAUUUUUAUAUUUGAUUUGCUCGUAGAUUUUUUUUUUUUUUUUUUUUUUUUUUAAAUUUCGUUUUAGAAUUUGUAGCAAACACAAAGUGUUGCUUCAUUAAUGUGAAUAUGAUAAAUAGAUUUCAAUUUUUGUUUCUGGAAAAAAAAAUCACUGUAGAUUUAAUCUGUUUUUUUUUAUUUUGUACAUCAUUUUUGCAAUCUCUAAAAUGUGUACAUGUAAAACCUGUGGUUAUAUGGAGCUUGAAUGCUGUGUUUUAAAAUUAAACAACCCUUAACUGUA